AAAAUGCAUUUUUAUCGAAAUCGUCAUCGGAUUGUAAUCUAUUCGUUUUUAAAACUAAAAUUUAGAUUAAAAUAACUCAGUAAUUCUCGCACUGGCUCAAUCCAGCACAGCACCACUCGUGCAACAUUAUUAUAUUUUCUUUGUAUUAUUGACUUCAUGUUUCUCGACUGUCCCAUAGCAAUAACAAAUGAUAAUUGAUAAUGUUUCCCCACGGUAAUUUAAGGAAACUAAAUCAUGCAGUUCUCUUAAUUUUAUUUACCAGAAAUUAUAGGUACUGUAUAUGACAACAUUAAAAGAAAGCAUAGAAUUAGGAAUGAUAAUUGUUUGUAUAAAUUUUAUAUCCAUGGUGGAUAAUCCACCUAAUUAAUAUAUUAAGUAUUAACGUUUACUAUAAGAAGAAAAAGAAGAGUUGGGCUUUUUCUUUUGUUGUGUUGAGUUAUAAUUUGUUUUAUCAUCGUGAAUCUUUUUAAAAGCCAUAAUGCGUGGGAAAUCGGGUGCAAGCACGUGAAUGUCGGCCCAUUGUUGCAGUCGAAUAGUUGACUUAAUUCACAUGAUUCUGAUUAUUAAAAAAACAUAUUUCUUUCUGUUUAACCAGAUUAAAAAACUAUAGUAGAACUUGCAUUAUUUUAAUUUGAAAAGGACUUAUGAUAGAUAGUGAAUCGUCCUGGGCACUUUAUUCUGAAAACCCAAACCAAAACUUAAAAGACUGAUUUAAAUCGGACCAAAACUUAUCUAAAUAAAUCUAAAAUCUCUAUGUCCAAAAGAUAUAAAAAACGAUUCAAACUCAAAUGAAAAAUUGAAUGUCCGUGUUUAAACCUUUAAAUUUCUAUAUAUUUAUAAUAAAAGUUAUUAGGUAAUUUCAAUUUUAUGAUAUUUUAGAUAGUAUAAAACUCUAGUGUCUAAUUUUAAAUUUAUACAAUAUAUAAUUUUAGUUAUUUCUGAUAUAUUGUAUUUAUUUAUACAUUUUCGAGUAAACUCAGCGUUGGUAAAAUAAAAAUAAAAAAAUCUAAUAGAACACAAUACCCAUUAUUUAUAGAAAUUUACAUGUAUAAAAUAUUAGAACCAAAUUUACACAAAAUUGAUUAGGAGGACCGAUCUAAAAUAUUUGAGUCUAUAUAAUUCUAUCAAAAUAAAAAAUCUAAUAAGAAUCUACCGAACUCAAACCCGAAUGUCGAGACCUAACAGUGAGUGUCAAGUUAACAUUUCAAAGUUUUUAACCUGCAAAAAUGUGGUGUAUCAAUCUAAAGUGUUUCCAUCAACUUUAAAAAGGCGCCUCGCAUGACGGUUAAGAGCUGUUAAAAAGCAUACAAGUUAAAACCCGGAUGGUGUUCUGCAUUAAUUAACUAACCAAAAAGCAUCUUUUUAAGUUCUACUCUUUGCUCUCUCUCUCUCCAACUUUUUGUUUGUAUUCUCGUAUGAAACCAUGGAACCUCAGGAGCAAACUCACGGCAGCGACGGAGACGACUGUUCCGUCUCCGGCUUCGACUCCGCCGAGAAAGUCAUCAUGAAAUGGGACGCCACGGCGUCGGAAGAAGCCAGAGAGAAGAUGAUCUUCACCGAUCCGCAGGAAGUGAAGCUUUACCUCCACGCCGUCGACGAAAUCCAACGGCACGUUUCCUCCCCCGGCGAGCUCGAGUCCCGAGCCAGCUCAGCGAUCCAGAUCGCCAUGGCUCGCCUCGAGGACGAGUUCCGCAACAUCCUCGUCUCGCACAGCUCUCCCAUCAACUCGGACUCUCUAAUGUCCUCUUCCUCCUCUUCUUCUCACCUUGAGGUUGACGAAGACGCGAGUAACAACAACAACGAAGAAGAUGAUCAAGAAGAGGAAACGGAUCUUCUCAAACGAACCGGGUCUAGCUCCAGCUCCGGUUCAGCCACGGUCCGGUUACCAACCGGACGUGGAAGCUACAGUAGAUCCACCAGCAGCAUACGCGAGAUCGAGCUGAUCCCUAUCGACGCGGUGGUGUACCUGAGCUGGAUCGCUCGGCGUAUGGUCUCCGCCGGGUACCUCCGGGAGUGCAUUCAAGUCUACGGCAGCGUGCGCAAAUCCGCCGUGGACUCCUCCUUCCGGCGGCUAGGGAUCGAGAAGCUGAGCAUCGGAGACGUGCAGAGGCUCAACUGGGAGGCGCUCGAGCAGAAGAUCCGCCGCUGGAUCCGCGCGGCGAAGGUCUGCGUGAGAGUUGUCUUCGCGAGCGAGAAGCUUCUCUGCGAGCACGUGUUCGAGAGCGUCGGGGCUGUUAACAUCCACGAGGCUUGCUUCAUGGAGACUGUCAAAGGUCCGGCGAUCCAGCUGUUCAACUUCGCCGAGGCGAUAAGCAUCAGCCGGAGAUCGCCGGAGAAGUUGUUCAAGAUCCUUGAUCUCCACGACGCGUUGAUCGAGCUUUUGCCGGAUAUAGAGUCGGUGUUCGAUCUGAAGUCUUCGGACUCGAUUAGGGUUCAGGCGGCGGAGAUACUCUCGAGGUUGGCGGAAGCUGCGAGAGGGAUACUGUCGGAAUUCGAAAACGCUGUCUUGCGUGAGCCGUCGAGAGUUCCUGUCCCUGGAGGGACAAUACAUCCGUUGACUAGGUAUGUAAUGAACUACAUUAGUUUGAUCUCUGAGUACAGACCAACGUUAGUUGAUCUCAUCAUGUCUAAACCGUCGAGGAACGCUACGGAUACAAACGCGCCGGAGAUGGACUUCUCCGAGGUUGACAACAAAGGUCCGUUAGCUCUGCAUCUGAUCUGGAUCAUACUGAUUUUGCAAUUCAAUCUCGAAGGGAAGUCUAAGUACUACAGAGAUGCGGCUUUGUCGCAUCUCUUUGUUAUGAACAAUGUGCACUACAUUGUUCAGAAGAUCAAAGGGUCGGCGGAGCUGAGGGAAAUGAUCGGAGAUCUUUACUUGAGGAAGCUAACGGGUAAGUUCAGGCAAGCCGCUACUUAUUACCAAAGAGCCGCUUGGGUCAAAGUGUUGUAUUGUUUAAGAGAUGAAGGGUUAAGGACAAAGGGAAGCUUUGCAUCAGGUGUAUCCAGGAGCGCGUUGAGAGAGAGGUUUAAGUCUUUCAAUGCUUUGUUUGAGGAGGUUCAUAGGGUUCAGUCUCAAUGGUUGGUUCCGGAUUCUCAGCUGAGGGAAGAGCUGAAGAUAUCGAUAUUGGAGAAGCUUAGUCCGGCUUACAGAUCGUUUCUUGGACGGUUCAGGAGCCAUAUAGAGAGCGGGAAGCACCCGGAGAAUUACAUCAAGAUCACAGUUGAAGAGCUGGAGACCGAGGUUCUUGACUUGUUCGAGGGGUUAACUGCAACUCAGCAGCAUCAGAGAAGACGAUCAGAAUGAGAGAUAAGUGCUCUUUCUUUCUACUCUUCAUAGAGCUUUACAAAAAAUAGAUUCUUUGAAUUUUUUUUUUUCGCAAUUUCGGGUUCUUUGCGUGAGAGCCAAGAUUCAAAGCCAAGAAAGACUGAUUCAACCUUUGAUUUUAAUUGUUCAGAUUCAUGAGUUUGUAAUGUUGUAUGAACUUAUAAUACAUCUGUCUGGUUACUUGCCAAAUUCUUAGCUCACAUCUUUAUUUGUUCAUAUGAUGAAACUUUGUUGUGUCAAUGUCAUAUCCCUUUGUACGCUUAUUUGCUAUUGUUAGUUUUGGUUUUAUCCAUAA